UGUACACUGCCCAUACCCUACCCAUUGCCAUCCUCGCUCGCCCACACUAUUAUCGGCGUAAGCAGACAUCUCAUCCCAAAUCCGGAUUUCUCAUCGCAUCCCAUCCGCUUCGACUCUCCCCGGAGCCGAGGUCGUCGCCUUCCCACUCUGCGGCUCGCCCCACCAGCCUCAAUGGCGACCGCGUGCCCGCCCCUCUCGCUGCCGUCCACUUCCCUCCUCCGCAUGACAACCCGCGCCGGCGCAGGCCUCGCCCGCCAGCCGCUCCCCUCCAUCCGCUGCAGCGCCGUCGGAGAGGCUGUUGCGGAGGCGGCUGUGGCCGGGACGGCGGAGGAGCCGCUGCUAGUGAGCGCAAUCAAGGGGAAGAAGGUGGAGAGGCCGCCUGUCUGGCUCAUGAGGCAGGCCGGGAGGUACAUGAAGAGCUACCAAAAUCUCUGUGAGAAAUAUCCUUUGUUCCGUGAAAGAUCAGAAAAUGUUGACCUUGUUGUUGAGAUCUCUCUGCAGCCAUGGAAGGUUUUCAAGCCUGAUGGAGUUAUCUUGUUCUCGGAUAUCCUUACUCCACUUCCUGGGAUGAACAUACCUUUUGACAUUGUGAAAGGAAAAGGUCCAGUGAUAUAUGAUCCCUUAAGAACAGCAGCGGCUGUGAACGAAGUCAGAGAAUUCGUUCCAGAGGAGUGGGUCCCUUAUGUAGGACAGGCUUUAAAUUUGCUGCGAGGAGAGGUUAAGAAUGAAGCUGCUGUGCUUGGUUUUGUUGGAGCUCCCUUUACCUUGGCAUCUUAUUGCGUGGAGGGAGGUUCAUCCAAGAAUUUCUCAAAGAUAAAGAGAAUGGCCUUCGCAGAGCCAGCGAUUCUACAUAAUUUGCUACAGAAGUUUACAACUUCCAUGGCUAACUACAUUAAAUACCAAGCUGACAAUGGCGCCCAAGCUGUCCAAAUUUUUGACUCGUGGGCGACAGAACUCAGCCCAGUUGAUUUUGAGGAAUUCAGCUUGCCAUAUCUUAAGCAAAUCGUGGAUUCUGUCAAGGAAACACAUCCUGACUUACCUCUGAUAUUAUAUGCAAGCGGAUCUGGUGGAUUGCUGGAAAGGCUUCCGUUGACGGGUGUUGAUGUUGUUAGUUUGGACUGGACAGUUGAUAUGGCUGAGGGUAGGAAACGAUUGGGAUCCAACAUAGCAGUUCAAGGGAACGUGGACCCUGGUGUUCUUUUUGGAUCGAAAGAGUUCAUAACCAAGCGGAUUUACGACACCGUGCAGAAGGCUGGUAGUCAAGGACAUGUAUUGAACCUUGGUCAUGGCAUUAAGGUGGGGACUCCCGAGGAAAAUGUUGCCCAUUUCUUUGAGGUUGCAAAAGGGAUCAGAUACUGAAAGACCUUGGUUGUUGAAUUUGUUCCUUUCUCCCAGCCGGCAGAAGUUGUAGAUGCCACUGCUUGAGGAUAGAUGCAGGAAGCCACAUGUCUAGCAUAGGGUACCUGACGAACACAUCUUUUUGUGAUUGCUUAUGUGUUCUGCAUUUCAGUUUCCAUUUCAUUGUAAUACUCUAAGCAUAUAUUGCAUAUACUAAUUGAGGUGUAAGAAAGUGCCUACUUGUUUA